AUGGCUUCUUUAAAGGCUAAACAGCAGAUCAUUUCCAACUACAACACCCUGGCGGCUCCUGAGACCUCGGGGAUCGACUCAUUUGUCCAAUACCCUACAUCAUUAAAUGUAUUCCCUAUAACGACCAAACAUUGCAUAAGUGGCUCUGAGUGGGUCUAUUCCGUCUACACUUCUUCCGCUAUGACCAAGAAAAUAUAUCGAAAGGGGGAGGCUAUCGCCUUGUUGAAUUUCUGGACCGGGACAGUUACACCCAUUGCUGCGUUCAACACAGUCGCUGGGUAUACCGAAGUCAAAUUAUUAUGGUCGCAUGGACGAACCAUCAGUGUCAAUGUCGACGCCGCACCAGCCGCUGUAUCCCCCACAUGUUGGGCAUCAUCUGUCGAACACUGGUUUUCCCUUAACGUACAUGAGAUUGGACUCAACUCCGCUUUGACCGCUAAGACCACCUUGUCGGGUAUCGAGCUGAGCACUCUGAAGUCUUGGACCGAUAUUAGUAAACUCGGAAGUGCGAGGGCCAUUGGCUGUUACAGGACAGCUGUUGAUCUCUCUCUUAGAGACAUAAAGCCUCUGGGGGCAGUAUCGCGGUGCCUAUCGACUCGUCUGGGAUGGGAGGUAAUUGGAGCUUGA